UAAGUGUUUGAGCUUCUGGUAGCUGGUUGAAGUCAUGUGUUAUAAAGUUGUACGUGUUAACGUUUAAGAGAUUACAUGUAAACUAACUUACGUUUCAAACUGAAAACAAGGGCUCAGGUUAUGGCAUGUCAAGUAAGAGCAUACAUGACGUCAGCGUAGUAGUUUUUGUGGACUACAGCGACCAUAGUGCACUGCCUUAUACAGCCCAGCCAAACAUGUAUCCCACGUCUGAAAUUAUUUAACUGAUAAAUUCUACAUGUAAUUUAUGUUAAAUGUCUCGUGACAUGUGUCGGUUCGAAUGGUAGCUUAUAAUAAGCACUCUUUUUUGUGCCUCACAUUAAGCAGCACAGUAACGUUCAGCUUGCUAACCAACUAGCUCGCUAACUGGCGGUUCGUGUUGAAAUGUUAAAUCUUAUCAAGCUAGCAGGCUAUAUUAGCAAUCGCUGGGUAGCCUGCUAGCUACAUAGCUACGACGUAUUGUCCAAGAAAACGGGACAUGAACACAGAGCGGAAGACGGCGAACCCAGGAACACGUUUCAACCCCGCCACGACAUAUCUGCUGGAAGCACAGACCCGAAAUUAUAAUGUCAUUGGCUUCAUCGUGCUGUCCUGUCCUGGGUGCAGCUCCUAGUGUGAUGCCACGCUGAGAAAGGGAGGGUGAGAAAGAGGGACGUACAGCAUUAAGCGCCAUGAAUCUACACCAAGUCCUCACGGGGGCCGUCAACCCCGGUGACAACUGUUUCGCUGUAGGCAACAUAAACGACGAGCCUUUCACGGCCUAUGCUUCUGGCUGCGACAUCGUGAUCCUGGGCAGCGACUUUCAGAGGCUGCAGAUCAUUCCGGGGGCGAAACAUGGGAACAUCCAAGUGGGCUGUGUGGACUGCUCGCUGCUGGGGGGCCAGGUGGCGGCCUCCUACGGGAACGUCGUGUGUGUGUUCGAACCCGUUCGCCUCCUCAGUCCGAAGGGAAAGACGUCUGCGAAAUUGAGCUACCAGUGGCAGAAGAGUGGGCAGUUUGUUUUGCAGUCGGUCGCGCACAACCUGGCGUGGGACCCCACAGGGCGCCGUCUCCUGACCGGGUCCUCCAGUCUGCAGUUGUGGUCCGGCUCCGGUUCGGACCCCGAGGACGAGCAGGCCGACGCGCCCAUCCGAGCGCCCCCGUCGUCAUGGAGAUGUGUCUGGGAAUGCAAAACCGCGUCCUCGACACACCUGAUGAAGUUCUCCCCGGGGGGCGAGUUUUUUGCCACGGCCGGGCAGGAGGACUGCCUGGUGAAGGUGUGGUACAGCACCCAUUGCUGGCAGUCGGACGGGAGCGCGCUCCUCACCCUGCCCGAGUGCCCGUCCGAGGGGGAGCUGGACUUCUCCUUCGUCUACCUGGCCCACCCGCGCGCCGUCACCGGCUUCUCCUGGAGGAAGACCAGCAAGUACAUGCCACGGGGCUCAGUCUGUAACGUGUUGCUGACGUGCUGCAAGGACAGCGUGUGCCGGUUGUGGGCGGAGACUGUUCUCCCGAGUGACAGCCUGCUGUCCGGCUUUGGCGGUUGUCACGCCAACGGGGACGUGCUCCGGCCCGCCGCCGACGUCAAGAGGUGCCCCUCCGUCACCAAAACGCCGGGCAGGGCCCCCCAGGAGCUGCACCUGAAGGACGCGUGGAAAGGCCCGGCGCGGAACCUGGCCCAGCCCUCGCACACAGGCUUCCUGCCGCACCAGCGGGACCGGCACCAGGCCCACCGGGUCAGCGCCGCCCCGCAUGCCAACGCGCUCUGCCACUUCCACAUCGCCGCCAGCAUCAACCCUGCCACAGACAUUCCCCUCCUCCCCUCCAUCUCGGCGCUGAACGGGUCGGACGACGAGGAGCCCGGGGGACCCUUCACCGUCCACUGGCUCAACAACAAGGAGCUGCAUCUGACGCUGGCCAUGGAGGUCUACCUGCAGCAGCUCCGAGCCAGCCUGGAGCAGCAGACCCCCGAGCAGGCCGCCCAAUCAGACGAGGAAGCCGGCUGCGACGAGGAAGAUCCGCCGUCUUCUCCCGGGAGGCGAGCGGGAGGGGGCGGGGGCGGGGCGGAGGCGGGCGGGGUCCCUCUCCCCGCGGCUGCAGUGGACCACCAGGUGGAGGUGCUGCUGGAGGACUGGAACAAAGGCGCCGAUAUGCUGUUCAGCAUCCACCCGAUGGACGGCUCCCUGCUGGUCUGGCACGUGGACUGGCUGGACGAGUACCAGCCUGGAAUGUUCCGGCAGGUGCAGGUGUCCUUUGUGUCGCGGAUCCCCGUGGCCUUCCCGACGGGCGAUGCCAACUCGCUGAGCCGCAGCGUGGUGAUGUACGCCUGCAACAAGAACCUGGAGCUGGCCAUCCAGCAGGGCCGGCAGCGGCCCGCCGCGCUGGCGCACUCGCCGUCGGCGCCCGUCGCCUUCGGCCACGCCAAGGCGCCCGGCGGCCCGCGGCUCAGCAUCUUCACGCCCAGCGUGCUGAUGAUCUCCAAGCACGCCGACGGCUCGCUCAACCAGUGGGCGGUGGGCUUCGCCGAGGAGUCGGCCUUCUCCACCGUGCUGAGCGUGGCGCACAAGUGGCGCUACUGCGGGCACCGCUUCCACCUCAACGGCCUGGCCUGCCACCCGCUGCUGCCCCUGCUGCUGACCACCUCGCACCACAACGCACUGCGCACGCCGGAGACGGACUGCGCCCGCGGCCGACCCGCCGCCGCCACCGCCGCCGCCACACCCGGCCCGCUGCUGGGCCGCCCGGGACGCCUGUCCGCCGGCGCCAUGUCCCAGGACCCCAACGCCAUCUACAGCGAGCUGAUCCUGUGGCGGGUGGACCCUGUGGGGCCGCUGUCCUUCUCCGGGGGCGUGUCGGAGCUGGCCAGGAUCAACUCGCUGCACGCCUCGGCCUUCUCCAACGUGGCCUGGCUCCCCACGCUCAUCCCCAGCAACUGCCUGGGUGUCUAUGGCAACUCCCCGAGCGCGUGCUUCGUGGCGAGCGACGGCCACUCGCUGAGGCUCUACCAGGCCGUCAUCGAGGCCAAGAAGCUGCUGAGCGAGCUCUCCAACCCCGAAAUCUCAAAAUAUGUUGGAGAAGUAUUUAACAUCAUCAGUCAGCAGUCAACGGCGAGGCCAGGCUGCAUCAUCGAGCUGGACGCCAUCACUGAGCUUCAGGGGAAGGAGACCCAGCUGCUGCAUGUGUUUGAGGAGGACCUGAUCUUAGGGAGCGAGACGGACCCCACACAGGAUGUCCCACCCACGGAGACGGACCACCGCGACUUCUCGGCACGGUUCUUCCUGGUGGUGCUGGAGUACACGCAGACUGGGCGGUCCCUCCUGCACAUGUGGCACCUGCAGCUGGCUGCGCUCCAGGUCACUGUGGAUGAAACCCCGACGGACCCGUCUGCGUCUCAGAACGGCCCCCAGUUCGCCCCCCCCUCCGAGCCCCUCGGCACCUCGGGCUCACAGAGGCCCCGACGUCGAACCUCGAACCUCCAAAGUGCCUGCCGCCUCACGCUGGCCACCCACAGAGUGUACAGCCAGGAGCUGGGGCUCCCCGAGGGCGUGGAGGUCAUGCGGGUCACCCCCUCAGCAGGGCAUCUAAGCUCCUCCUCCUUGCAGCCGGCGGGGCGGGCUCCCUACCUCCUGGCCACUUCCUGUUCUGACGGGAAGGUGCGGUUCUGGCGAUGCCGGACGGCGACUGAGUCGGUCGCCCCCGGCGACGUGGCGUACGCCUGGGAGGAGUGGCCGCUGCUGGUGGAGGAGGGGCGGCCCAACAGCAGCGCCGUCAGCGUCCCGGGACGGCCCGAGGAGCUCAGCUGCUGCCACACCAGCCGCAUGGCAGUGGUGUACAGGCAGGAGCGCCCCCUGCAGGCCGGGAGGGGCACGUCCACCCACGUGGCGGUGUUCCAGUGCGAGUCCACCGGCGGCUCCCAGUGGACGCUGGAGCAGACGCUUGGGCUGGACGACAUUAGCCCCGCCCCCGCGGUGGAGUGGGUGGAGCCCGGCUCAAGGGCCCCGGUGCACCUGGACUGGGUCUCCAGGGAGGACGGGUCGCACAUCCUGACGGUGGGCGUGGGGUCCAAGCUGCAGAUGUUCGGGCCGCUCUCGGGCAAGCCGGCCGAGCUGGGCCUGAGCGAGGGGGGCGUGCAGCGCCCGUCCCGCCUGGUCCUGCUGCGCUCCGUCGACCUGGUGUCGUCAGUAGAGGGCGCCCUGCCCGUGCCCGUCUCGCUGUCCUGGGUGCGGGACGGCAUCCUGGUGGUGGGCAUGGACUGCGAGAUGCACGUCUACUCGCAGUGGCAGCCGCCCGCCAAGCCGCCGGACGCGGACGCCGCCGGCAGCGCCACCUCGCUGACCGGCCCGGCGAAGCGGGCGCCGGGGAACGGGCGGAGCCUGGCGCCGCCGCCGCCGCCGUCCCGGAAGGCCCUGACCCGCUCCAUGACCAGCCUGGCGCAGAAGCUGAGCGGCAAGCGAACGGUGUACGACCUGCCGGAGGAGAUGGAGGACUCCGGGCUGUUCGAGGCCGCGCACCAGCUCUUCCCCACCCUGCCGCAGUACCACCCCUUCCAGCUGCUGGAGCUGAUGGACCUGGGCAAGGUGCGGCGGGCGAAGGCCAUCCUGUCCCACCUGGUCAAGUGCAUCGCCGGCGAGAUCGUGGCGCUCCGGGACGAGGCGGGUGGCCACGAGCGCCGCCUGCGCUCCCUGACCAUCAGCGCCAGCGGCAGCACCGCCCGCGACCCCAAGAUGUUCGGCCGGGCCGAGAACCCCGACUACACCGAGAUCGACUCCGUCCCGCCGCUGCCGCUCUACGCGCUGCUGGCGGCCGACCUGGACUCCGCCCCCAAGGCCAAGGACAAGACGGCGAGCGUGGGCGGGGACAGCGGGCACGGCUCCAGCCAGGCGGACGCGUACGACGAGCUCUUCCAGGCCCCCGCCCCCGGGGAGGCGGCCGACCCCCUGGACAGCGACCAGGAGGACGAGGCCCCCAAGGUCAUCGACCUGUCCCAGUACGGCCCGGCCUUCUUUGGGCCCGAGCACGCCCAGGUCCUGUCCAGCCACCUCCUGCACUCCAGCCUGCCCGGCCUGACCCGCAUGGAGCAGAUGUCCCUGAUGGCGCUGGCCGACACCAUCGCCUCCACCAGCACCGACAUCGCCGAGAGCCAGGGCAAGAGUCAAGGUGGCGAGACGCUGGACGAGUGCGGCCUGAAGUUCCUGCUCGCCGUGCGGCUCCACACCUUCCUGUCCACCUCGCUGCCCCCGGCGCACCGAGCCCAGCUGCUCCGCCAAGGCCUCUCCACGUGCCACUUUGCCUGGGCCUUCCACUCCGAGGCGGAGGAGGAGCUGCUGAACAUGCUGCCAGCGCUGCAGAAGGCCGACCCGUCCUGGGCCGAGCUGCGCGCCAUGGGGCUGGGCUGGUGGCUGCGCAGCACCAACAAGCUGCGCCGCUGCAUGGAGAAGGUGGCGAAGGCAGCCUUUCAGAGGAACAACGAUCCUCUGGACGCAGCCAUCUAUUACCUGGCCAUGAGGAAGAAGGCCGUGGUCUGGGGACUGUACAGGGCCCAGAACAACACGAAGAUGACGGCGUUCUUCAACAACAACUUCGGCGAGGACCGGUGGCGGAGGGCGGCGCUGAAGAACGCCUUCUCCCUCCUGGGGAAGCAGCGCUUCCACCACUCCGCCGCCUUCUUCCUGCUGGCAGGGUCCCUGAAGGACGCCGUGGAGGUUUGCCUGGAGAAGAUGCAGGACCUCCAGCUGGCCCUGGUCAUCUCCCGGCUGUACGAGUCCGAGUUCGAGGCCUCCUCCACGUACAAGCACGUGCUGCAGAGGCAAGUUUUGGGGCGGGACACCCCGGCGCACCAGGACCCCUUCCUGCGGAGCAUGGCCUGCUGGAUCCUGGAGGACUACAGCCAGGCGCUGGACACCCUGCUGGAGCAGCCCAGCCCCGAAUCAGACACAGGUGCCCCCGCCUCGUCCCCCGGCCCCCCCGAGGUCUUCAACUUCUACACCUACCUCCGCACGCACCCCCUGCUGCUCCGCCGCCACUUCGGGUCCUCGGAGAAGGCCCCCGGCAAGGCGGGCCUGACCGCGGAGAGCCGCCGCCUGGCCGACUCCAUCAGCCUGGUGGAGCGGAGGCUGUUCUUCACCGCCGCCUACGCCCACCUCCAGACCGGCUGCCCCAUGCUGGCCCUGGAGGUGCUCUCCAAAAUGCCCAGGGUGGUGAAGAAGUCCCGGCUCCACGCGGGCCAGGACGGCCGCGCCGUGCCCUCCACCCCCACCGGGGCCAAGCCGGACCGGGCCUCCGACCUGGACUGGUCCACGCCCGUGGUGAACGGGUUUGAGUCGGCCUGCCACAGCCUGUCCAACAGCCAGUCGGACUCGGUGCUGAGCUUCGACUGGAGCCAGCCGUCGGCCACCGUCCCAGACGAGUCUCUGGAGCUGAAGUGGGAGAGCGACCGGGACGACUCCGAGGACGAGGAGUCGGGCCUGGCCAUGAAGAACCUCAGCGCCGACAACGACGGCGUCUUCAAGGGCACGCCGGACACCACCGCCGCCUCGCCGGAGUCGGACAGCCCCGGCCCCGCCCCGGGGGAGGAGGAGGAGGAGGACGCCGCCGCCACGGUCGGCCCCUCGGAGGACGUCCUGACCGCGCAGCUCAAGUUCGCCGCCUGCCUGAAGAUCCUGACGACGGAGCUGCGCACGCUGUCCACGGGCUACGAGCUGGACGGCGGGAAGCUGCGGCACCAGCUGUGCCACUGGCUGGAGCGCGAGGUGGCGGCGCUGCAGCGGAGCUGCGGGUACCAGCCCGGCCUGGCGGAGGUGGCGGAGGGCAUCGACCCGGAGACGCCGCCGGGCGGGGCGGGGCCGGGGGGCGCGGGGGCGGGGGCCGGCGGGGGGGAGUGGCAGCGCAGGCGCAGGCAGUGGCUGCUGCGGAACCAGCCGCUCCUGCGCAUGUUCCUGAGCUACUGCAGCCUGCACGGCUCGCACGGCGGCGGCCUGGCCUCCGUGCGCAUGGAGCUCAUCCUGCUGCUGCAGGAGUCGCAGCAGGAUGACGACGCACAGGCUACCGUCACCCCCGCCCAGCAGCAGCUCCAGGCCUCCGUCCCGCUCCUGCUGGCGUGCACGGCCAGCGGCAAGACCGUGGUGACAAAUCCCAUAGUGCACCUCACCAACCUCACCCACGACAUCCUGCACACCGUCAACGCCCUGGACUCGCCCCCUCACCCGGACGUCGUCAACAACAAGAUCUACGUCAUGCACACGCUGGCGGCUUCGCUGUCUGCCUGCAUCUACCAGUGUCUCUGCGAUGGUCACAGCUACAGCCAUGUGAACCCCUUCACCGGGACAGUGUACCAGAGCUCCCUGCUGUCCCAACAACAUCCUGUCAGAACCAUCAGCAUGGAGGAGACCGUCCUACCCAACACCUCUCCCGCUCAGUGGCCAGGCAUGGGCGCGCUGGUGCGGCUGCUGAGCUCGGCCGGGGAGGAGAGCCAGCCGGGCCUGACGGUGCUGCUGUGCGAGAUCCUGACGGCGGUGCUGCUCAGCCUCUUCGUGCACGGCCUGGCCACCCACUCCAGCAACGAGCUCUUCCGCAUCGUCGCCCACCCCCUCAACAGCAAGCUGUGGGUGGCCGUGUUCGGGGGGGGCGCGCGCACCCCCAUCGCGAAGAAACCCAGUCCCGUCAAACAAGCCUCAGCGUCGUCCCCAGGAGAGUCCGAGCGGACGCAGAGGCGCAACAAGCCGCCGUCCUCGUCCGCCAGGAGCCAGUCCAGGGAGGAUCCGCUGACCCCCCCGCCCAGCCCCGUCGUUCAGCAGGAGCCGUCCAUCUUUAAAGAGGAGUUCGUCCCACCCGAGCUCAGCAUCUGGGACUACUUCAUCGCCAAGCCUUUCGUGCCGCCCUCGGAGAGCAGGGUGGAGUACGACUCGGAGGAGAGCCAGGGCAGCGAGGACGAGGAUGAUGAAGAUGAGGGCGAGCGCGGCGUUUUGGACUCCGACACGCCCGUUCGGGAGCACGCCAACCCCAGCUCUUACAGCUGGUGUCUGAUGCGCCUGGCCAUGGUCCAGAUGGUGCUGGCCAACCUGAAGUCCUUCUACCCAAUGGCAGGCCACGACCUCUUAGACCUGCCGGUGGGGUCCCCUCUGUGCUACUCGGUGCUGAAGACGCUGCAGCGCUGGGAGCAGGUGCUGCUGAAGAGGCUGGAGAUUUUCGGGGGGCCUCCGCCCAAGUACAUCUCCGCCCACCCUCUGGACGACAGCCUCGCCUCCGGCCCCGCCCUCCUCCGCCACAAGGCCUUAUUCGAGCCGUCCAACACGCCCUUCAGGUCCAGCCACCACUCGGCGCUGCCCGUGAAGAGGCUGUGGCAGUACCUGGUGAAGCAGGAGCAGGUCCAGGAGACCUUCAUCCGCAACAUCUUCACCAAGAAACGGGACCAGAACGAGUUGGUUGAAGAUCGCAAUGAGAAUGUCAGAUAUUCUGUGACGGAGGAACCUAGCUUCAACCAGAUAGAGGCAGAUCUGGGCUACCCGGGAGGAAAGGCCAGAAUCAUCCACAAGGAGUCUGACAUCAUCACAGCCUUCGCCAUCAACAAGGCCAACCGCAACUGUCUGGUCAUCGCCUCGACCCACGACAUCCAGGAGCUGGACGUGUCCUCCAUCCUGGCCACGCAGAUCCUGACGUGGAUCGACGACGAGGCGGAGGCUGAAGCCAAAGGGGGGGACGAUUUCCUGGUGGUGCACGCGCGGGAGGAUUUCGGCACCCUGCACGGAACCACGCCCUACACCCACAGCAGUCCCGGGACGCCCAUCAACAUGCCCUGGCUCGGGGGCGUGCAGACGGGGAGGGGCGCGGCCGUGCUAAUCAAACGAAACAUAAACAACGUGCGACGGAUGACCUCCCAUCCCACGCUGCCGUACUACCUGACGGGCGCUCAGGACGGGAGCGUGCGCAUGUUCGAGUGGGGCCACUCCCAGCAGAUCAUCUGCUUCAGGAGCCCCGGAAACUCCCGGGUCACCCGACUCCGCUUCAACUACCAGGGCAACAAAUUUGGCAUCGUGGACGCAGACGGGGCCCUGAGUCUCUGGCAGACCAACACCACCGGGACCGCCCCCAAGCCCUACCUGACUCUGCAGUGCCACAACAAGACGGCGCACGACUUUGUGUUCGUGGGGUCGUCCUCCCUCAUCGCCACGGCGGGGCUGUCGACCGACAACAGGAACGUGUGUCUGUGGGAUACGCUGGUGACUCCGGUCAACAGUCUCGUCCACGCGUUUAACUGCCACGAGUCGGGGGCGACGGUGCUGGCGCUGGCCCCCAGGCAGCAGCUGCUGAUCUCGGGCGGGCGGAGGGGCUGGAUCAGCGUGCUGGACCUGCCCCUGCGCGCCCCGCGCCAGAGCUUCCAGGCCCACGACUCGCCCGUCAAGGCGCUGGGCGUCGACCCCACCGAGGGCUGCUUCGCCAGCGGCUCGGCCGAGGGCAACAUCAAGGUCUGGAGCCUGUCCACGCACGGCCUGCUGCACGCCUUCCCCAGCGAGCACGCGCGCCAGUCCAUCUUCCGCAACCUGGGCACGGGCGUCAUGCAGAUCGAGGCGGGGCCGGCCAACCACGUCUUCUCCUGCGGCGCCGACGGCACCAUGAAGAUGCGCGUCCUGCCCGACCGCUUCGGCGUCGCCGGGCGGAGGAACGACGUGAGGUUCGUCCUGUAAAAGGGGGGGGGGCGGGGCCUACGGGCGGGGCUCCGCCUCCGCACAACCCCCAAAGGGGCGGGGCCUCUGCUGCAGCACAACUGGCGGGAAAGCUUGGGAGGAUAGCACAAACUUUUGGUUUGCGAUUUUAGUCGUUAGUCAAUUAAGCCGGCUUGACCUCCCACCCCCCCACCCCCACCCCCGCCCAACCCUGGACCCUACCGUCCCCCGAGUUCAUGCUUGCCUUCGGAAAAUUGGGGAAUUUUCUUCGAGAGAAAGGAAUUUCAUCCAGCGUAUUAUUUUUUUUUAUUUGAGGAGUGCUUGGGGCCGCGUUCGUUGUUUUAAAUUUUUAUUAUGUAGAAAUGAAUAGAAGCCCUUUCCUGCUAAACGUAGACAAAGCAAUAAUGGCGCUACACGAAGAAGAGCUGAAGCACGUCCUUGGGCCACUAGGAGACAAGGACGCGACUAAGGCGGCCAUUGUAGAAACCAUUAAACGUAGACCAGAAUUAGAAAGCCAUUAUUUAGCCUUGACAACAAUAUUGAUAUAUUAGGCCUUUGUGUACAGUAUUAUUGUGGUAAUGUGAAUUAUUGAUUUAAUACCUUCCUGUGGUAAGGAAGUGGUGGAGGUGGUCAUACGUUAGCCUGUCACAGUUAUGAAGUUUUAGAGUUUCUAAACGCCUACCCAGUGCUAGCACAAGAGUACUCUCGCACUGUUGCUGCAAAAAUGUAUAUUUACUGCAUCUGGGGGUAAAACUGGAGGACUGCCUGCCCUCUGUAAAUAGUACCGUACAGAAGAGGAAUUCAAGUUGAUUAACUGCUUUAUUGGGUAUUAAUAGAGUGCUUUACGAUGAAAUAAUAUAUUAGCAAGGUAUACUUGAAAAACAUUUUGUGAAAUAUAAGUAAUAUUUAUGAAUAGUGCUAUUUGUGUACAAAAAAAAUAAUUUAAACCAGGUGAGAUAGGUAGCUGCUGACUUGUCAUGCUUCAACUUCCUGUGCUAAAAUAACUCAGGAGUCCGCUUUCUCCUAAAAGCUUCAUUCUAUCAAAUGGACGCGAUUUCUUCUGUUACAGCGAUUCCCAUAAUGCAAGCACACACUGAUUAACGGGUUCCGUGAAGCGAAUCAUUUAAGGAACAACUCUUUCAGGCAAACGUACGUGGACAUUUUCGUAUCUGCUUCAUGAUUUAAUGAAUAUGUAUUUUGUUGCAGAAUGCCAAGACAUAUUACCCACUUCUGCAGGGGAGGGGGGGUGGUGAGUGGGGGCGGGGGCGGGGGGUGCAAACAGAAUCAAAAUGACGAUCACCUUUAUUUGCUUCCCUUUAAUCUAAUGUGAAUACGUGCAGAUAAAUCUAAUUUUUAUAAUGCAUAAACUGUAAAUCAAACUGUAUUAUAUAAAAUGGUAACGAUAUAAUAAAUGACUUUGAUGUAACGGA